AUGCCCCGUGCCGGGGUCUGCAGCUGCUGGGGUGGCCAAGUAUUGCCCCUGCUUCUGGCCUAUAUCUGCUACCUACUGCUUGGGGCCACCAUCUUCCAGCUGCUGGAGAAGCAGGCAGAGGCUCAAUCCAGGGACCAGUUCCAGCUGGAAAAGCUACGCUUCUUAGAGAACUACACCUGCCUAGACCAGCAGGCCCUGGAGCAGUUUGUACAGGUCAUCCUGGAAGCCUGGGUGAAGGGUGUGAACCCCAAAGGCAACUCCACCAACCCCAGCAACUGGGACUUCGGGAGCAGUUUCUUCUUUGCAGGCACAGUGGUCACUACCAUAGGUUACGGAAACCUGGCUCCCAGCACGGAGGCAGGGCAGGUCUUCUGUGUCUUCUAUGCCCUGAUGGGAAUCCCACUCAAUGUGCUCUUCCUUAACCAUCUGGGCACAGGGCUGCGGGCCCACCUGACCACACUGGACAGGUGGGAGGACCACCCCAGGCAUUCCCAGCUCCUGCAGGUCCUGGGCCUGGCUCUGUUCCUGAUCCUGGGGACCCUGGUCAUUCUCAUCUUCCCACCCAUGUUCUUCAGCCACGUGGAGGGUUGGAGCUUCCGUGAGGGCUUCUACUUCGCCUUCAUCACCCUCAGCACCAUUGGCUUCGGGGACUAUGUUGUCGGCACAGACCCCAGCAAGCAUUACAUUGCUGUGUAUCGGAGCUUGGCAGCUAUAUGGAUCCUCCUAGGACUGGCGUGGCUGGCGGUGGUCCUCAGCCUGGGAUCCCUGCUUCUGCACAGGUGCUCCCGGCUCUGGCAGCUCAUCAGAGGCCUGGACCUUAAGGAUGGGGCAGCCCCUGACUCCGAGCCCAGAUCACAGAAAAUCCCCAUCUCUGCGUGAGACCCAAGUGUCCUGACCUCCCCAAACCCAUGCCCUUCCCUGCCCUUCCCCCUUCUUCUCAACCCACACACUCCCCAGCAACUCUCCAGAGAGAGAAAGGAGACAGAUGUGCCUACAAAGUAACUGAGGGGGGAUGAGGAGACAAAGAUCAAAGAUCUGCGUGGAUGGAGAUGUGAAGGUUGCCCUUGGAGCUUUCCUGUCCCCGUCUCCCAAAGAGAACCUGGAUCGUGGUUGCCAAAUCACUACUACCAUCUUAACAUGGUCACGGGAGCCCUUAGGCUGCAAGCAAAGGUGGACUCGACUUUGGUAUUAUUUACUACAUACACAGCGGGCUCUUAACAGGUCCCUAUCAGGUAACAGGCACUGUGCCUGGUUCUAGGGCUUUGACAGUGGUGGUUUCUGCCGUCACCAUGUCACUGUGUCACUGUGUCGGUCUUGAAGGAGCUCCGAGGCAGCAUCCUCAUCUUUGAUGGGAAUAAACCUGGGGAGAAUGAAAGCUCAGGGCAGUGGCUGGAGGAGGGGAGCUGGACACACACCAGGGGCCGCCUUUGGUGCAUACAGGACCAUCCUCAGGAGUCUCACAGCUGAGGAACGAGAGAAGGCAGCCAGUCAGAAUUCCCCAGCUCUCCUUGCCCACAAGUGGAGAGGAAUCCUAGAACAACACUGGGGACCCCUUUCAGGGGUCCCACCACUUUCCUGAACAUGACCUCCCCUGACCCUCAGAGCACUCUUAGACCUCUUUACUCCAUACCCCCCCCCCCGAGAAGCUGGGGGGAGGGGCAGCAGAUCCCAAGGGCUUCAUAGCCUGUGAGCUGCCUGUCAUGGACUCCCACGGAGCCUGGUCGCUCUGCCAGAUGGUGACACUGUGGGCCAGAAGGGAGGAAAGGUUUGUCCCAGACUCACAAGAUGAGGAUCUAAUUUUUGUUUGGACUUCCUUUACCUCUCCAGUGGCAGGGGUGUUCCCAAGUUCUGUGUCCUCUUUAUAGCAUUAAGGGUGGGGGUAGGACUGUGAGCCCCAGAGGUUGAAGGGAGUCCUGGGAAAGGACCCACAUUGACAGAGGGUUCCCAGCGCCCAAGUCUUACUGCCACCCAGGAAAGGGUUGAAAUCUGACGUCUCCAACACCUCUAUACAUGCUGGACCCUACUUCUGUUCUGGAUGGAUGGAGAUGCGGGGACUUCUCUCCAAAGCGGCAAGGGAAGUUUGGGUCCAGUCCUCUUGCCUGCUAGCCUCCCAGCGGGGGGCAGCACAGACAAGCCAUACCCCACCCCCCAUUUUAUUUCUUUUAGUACACUGGGUGUAGGGAGAUCUAGCGUGAUACAACAAAGCACUUGGAGGAAGUCCCCAGCCCCUCAGCUUAGGCAGGAGUCCUGUGACAAUAAACUUGACUGCUGUUUCUUCUCUGC